AUGAGUUUUGCUGACUCGACCCAAGACUGUCAACUGGCAUCGUUUCUGUUCUUGACCGGGGAAUGCAUUGCGACGCCCGUAAAUGAUCCGCAAAUGGCCCAAGAGCACAUCAUCGAGGCAGGCGUCCCGGGAUUGGCUGAUAUCUACCCAGAGACAUACUUGGAUCAUGAAGUCGCUUAUGACAAACUCUACGAGGGUCGAAUGCGUGUGAUCAUCGAUCGAUAUUUAACCGUGCUCACGUCGGCUCGUUUGCACAUUAUGAGAUGUGCUUUGCAUGGACUCUUGUACCCACCGAAACAGAGAAAAGAUGCAUGGUGGUCAAUCUCUUGCGGUUUCUGCUUUGAGCCGGUGGUUGGUGCACGCGAAAGAGCCGAACGGAUUCAACAGGAAAAAGAUGCUGUGAAGAAAAAUGAGAUGCUUGAAAAAUUGGCUGCCGAGAAAAUGGAGGCUCAAAAUCUCAAUGAAGAUUUUGGGGAAAACGCCGAAACGAAGAAGAGAGCAGGGCCACAUGCACACGCGAAAGCUUACAAUCCAGAGGAUGAGCAAAUGCCAAAAGUUGCUCGUCCAAUGUCAUGCCCGAUGCCGUUGUGCCGAAAACCGUAUCCGAAGUGCGCGAUCUGCUUGCGAAGCUAUGGUACACCGGUUGUCGGCUAUGAUCACCAUAUGGGACAUGCGGCUGCUCAUGCGUUUGCUUUUUGCUUGCGUUGCGAGCACGGCGGCCACGGGGCUCAUAUGAUGCGAUGGUUUCAAACAUCAUCAAAGUGUCCUAUUUGCGAUUGCAAAUGUCUAGAGUACAAAGACUUGAACCCAGUCCCAUUGUCAAGAAAGCUCGAGCAAUGGAGAGAGGCACUUCUUGAAGAUGUUGACGACGAGUUGCACGAGUUUCUCGAAGCAAACAAAGAGCGGAGUAUCAUUCAACGCCUCAUCGUGCCCACUACUCCGUAUUUUCAAAAG